CAAUCUCCUCAUCUUUAGUUGGCACCACAUGUUUGUUUUUGAUUGUUCAUUAUCCACAUGUUAAUAUGAAUGGAGAAAAUUGAGAAAUGACAAAAAUAGAGGUCUCUUAUCCCAACAGGCAAAACAUAAGGCAAUGAUCAUAUCUCAUCUGAAGUCUUGCAAGUUGUAGCCAUUAUUAUGGCAGUCUCUUCACUCUCAAUCCGCUAUUGUCUUUCCCCAACAAUCUCCCAGAAGACAGGUAUUCACUGCCCAAAUCCAUCACUCAGAGCUUCAUGUUCACUUUCAUCCGGCUACAAUCUUGACUCCUCCGAGAAUACUAACCAAAAAGGAAGUGGAAGCAGUUGGAAGAGAAGGCAGGCGCUUGUGGGAGUAGGGACUUUACUAGCAACUUCAGUACCAGCAACUUUACUUCUUGCUGAAGAGGUACCAAAAAGCUACUCAGCUUUUGUGGAUAAAGAAGACGGAUAUUCUUAUUAUUACCCAUCAGACUGGAGGGAAUUUGACUUCAGGGCACAUGAUUCAGCCUUCAAGGAUAGAUAUUUGCAGCUACAGAGUGUUCGCGUCAGGUUCAUACCAACAGAGAAAACAGACAUCCGCGAAGUGGGUCCAAUGGAUGAGGUGGUUUAUGAUCUAGUGAAGCAUAAGUUUGCAGCACCAAACCAAGUAGCUACCAUCUACGAUAUGAAAGAGAGGGUGGAGGAUGGAAGGAGCUAUUACACGUUUGAGUAUGGACUAAGAACUCCCAUCUAUGCAACCACUUGCUUUGCAACAGUUGCAGUUGGAAACAACAGAUACUACACACUCAUUGUUGGAGCAAACGAGAGAAGAUGGAGAAAAGUGAAGAAGCAGCUAGAAGUUGUUGCAGACUCUUUGAAGAUUCUUCAGAUUUGACAACACAAUGAACAAUCUAUUGUUACUCUUUAUCUAUACUCUCUCUGUGGUUACAAAACUCUUUAUGUAGAUUUCAAUUCUCAACAAUGAUGUUUUGGUUCAAUAUAGAGAUUAAAUUUCAAUCAAA